AUGGACAGUCCUUUCAUUCUGUACGAUACGCCUCUAUUGCGCAUCCCCUACAUCCCGGGUCCAUAUCGAUAUGAUGGGCUCGACCCAACAAGGCCAUUUGGAGAAUUUCCAAGGCGAGCUGGCUUCUGUGGCUCUCGAAACGAGAUUGACGAGGAGCUUUUGAGAUCUAAGUCUGAUGAAGAGCUCUCGUCCUUGGCCCAGGCAUGGCUUUUCUUCGGACUACUCUCAGAAUUCGCCUUGCUGGACGAUCCUAGCCCCUAUAUCGGACGACAAUCGGCAAUGGGAGGUCUCCAUGAGUACCUUGUGUUCAAAGACAUGUCAUCUAUGGUCCACCGCUUACGCCAGCGUCUAGUGGUUUUGCCUUUUUCUGAACAUGGCUCCUGGCGUUCGAAUUUGUUGGAGUGUCUCCACACCGUAGAUAUUGCGGUCACGGCAAUUGAUGUUCAAAAUCGACAUCUAGAUACAGCGUUGCCUCUUGUUCUUCUCUCUAUUCGGUUACUUGUAGCUUUUGUCAAACGCGUAUUUGAAUUGUUGGAGCAACCACCCCCCGGCUUCUGGACUCGGAAUUUCAUUCGAAGCAAAUUUUUCAGCACCAAAUGGCUCUUUUUGCAUGCUUUAUCUGCUUCGGCAUACAAUGAAUGGCUUUCAACGUUGAAGGAUUAUCCGACAAAGCGUGGCAGGCACCAGGAACCACGUAUGAGCGAUUCCCUUCUACUUCGCCUUUUCGAACAGCACAACUGGUGCCCCUCACAGGCCAGGCGCAUCCUCGAGCUUCACGAUCUACCCACUGCAAAUUACUUUGCUAGCAUUAAUCGGCGACCCCUGCAACGUAUCGAUCACUCCCGCUGUCACGCUUCCCCGAAGUGUGUUGCCCACAACGUCUCGCUGGCUCCAACUACACAACCAGCGACUUCGGCGUCGGAAGCUGCAUACGGAAGAAAUCCAGAACAAUACCGGAUAGCACAUGUGACGGCCGACCACCAUUGCACGAUGGCAAAGGUCGAGCGGGAGAAGCUCGUCAAGAUCAUCAGAGCAGGUGGUAUUCCACUGGUCUGCAUGACCUUUGGCUCCACCACCUUGAGGAUCGUGGAAGCUCGUCCAUGGACUAAGUAUGUCGCUAUCUCGCACGUCUGGUCUGGAGGCCUAGGUAAUCCAAAUGCAAAUGCACUCCCUGAGUGUCAAGUAAAGAAGCUACAGCAAUGUCUCAGAAACGUGUUUGAGGGUCUAACGUUCAAAGGUUUGGCAACAGCCCUCGGACGCUCGGAUUUGCUCUCGAUAGCCUAUCCACGCCGCCAAUAUCUUUGGCUUGAUACAUUGUGUGUACCGGUUAUUACAGGCAAUGACCCGGAGGAAGAACGCAUAAAGAACAAAGCGAUCUCACAGAUGGCCGCAAUUUACGCUGGAGCCGAAUCUGUGAUUGUAUUGGACGCCGAGCUGCAGCAGUCGCCAGUUCAGCCCGCACGGUUGCCGUCACAAGAGCGUGAGAGUCUUGCUGCAAAGAUUUACUCCUCGGCUUGGAUGGAGAGAUCAUGGACGUUACAGGAGGGUGCCCUGGCUCGAGAACUUUCAUUUCAGCUGGAAUCUCGAGUUUUCCGUCUAGGUUUUGAGGACCUACUCGACGAGAAAGCGCCAAGUUGGCAGCAUCCUCUCGACAAUUUCGUUUGGUCUCGAGCUGUGUACAGCAAUACCUUUGAGAACGACGGCGCAUCAGAAUCGGAUUUGCAUGCCACCAGACUUCGUUUACCUACGUCAGUUGUAGCGCUGACCCUCCGCGCACUGCAGAGGGAACGGAUCUGGCUUACUAACCUUGCCCCCGGGAGUAAACGAGAGGCCGCGAUUCUGCGUUGGAAAUUGUCACAGUUCGUUGAAGCAUGGAAUAGCCUGAUCCAGCGCGAGACAAGCCAGAAGAAGGAUUUAUAUCAGAUUGUUGCAAAUAUGCUCGAUCUCAGUCCCCAUGAAAUACGAUCUGGUGUCUCAGACAUAUCUCACGCAGACACUACAACCAUUCCUCCUCAGCAAGCUCGAUACUUACCACUCAUCAUUCGAAACUGUCAGAUUCUUCCGAUUUCACUACUGUUCAACUCCGGACCACGUAUGCGCGAUCCUGAACGCCCUCAAAACAGUUGGCUACCGGUCGAAACGAGCGAAUAUGGCAUCAUGGGCGAUCAACUUUCGGCCUGCGCCGGACUGUCGUGGAGACCCAAUGGCUUGUUCCUGGAUAAGAGAACUGUACACCGAGAGAGCUUGGUGGCUUACGUGUUCUUGGAAAGGCAAGAAAGAGCGCCAAGAUUCAGGAUCAUUGAUCAGAACGGGGGCUGCGAAACCCGUUGGGUUGUGACCGUGAACGAGUGGAUGGAGCCAGGAACGAACUCUGCACACUCAUCCACAGAGGCCUACGUCGCCACGGAGAGUGCGGCCGAGCGAGUAUAUAACGAAGGGGUUGGCACGUGUAUACUGGCGGAGAGGUUUCCUGGAGGCGUCAGUCACGACCAAAGCAAAGCCCUCCUAGGAGCGCGCUUUAGCAUCGCAGAAAGAAAUGGAUCUCUACUGACAUUGCGAUUCGACAAACCAUUGCUUCUGCUGCUGGACCAAGACUCCUCCACGGAGAACGAUAUCCCUGUUGUUGAGGCCGGAUCUUCGUUGAACGACUUUGAUUUCCUGGUCGAGUAUGCACCGUCGCCACAUCACGAUAUCAAACUUCGUCGCCGCCCGAUGCUCUCUGCUCGCAGUCCUUGGACGACUGGAAUCGCGGCAACACGUGUCCUGUUUAUUAUCCUGCCCAACACCCCGAACUGGCUAUUCGAUCUCGACCUACCCCUGGCCUGGGAAAUCGUGGCUUUGGCAGUCUACUACAUGGUGUGUUCAGUCACAUUGCUCUUCGUCAUCGCUAUAUUCCCCUACCAGAUGAUCCAUAUGCCGUUGAGCUGGCUCGCCUACAGGAUUUGGCUCAACAGCUUCGACCCUGAGUGGGCUAGAUCGCCGAUGCAAUUCCUCUUUCACGAAGCCGAGUCAAUCAUUGGUGAGGCAGAAAGGUCGUUCCGCCGUGCUUUUCGACGAAGGUCGCCACUCAUGGGAAGCUCUUCCCUAAAUAAUGUAGUCUUAGAGUGA